AUGCAGUCUACUAGUGAAACUAGAUCUCACGAGCUUGGAGAAGCUGGUGAGACUGCGAGAUCUGGGGAAUCAAGCAGUUUCUUCUUCGACGGGGAGAUGCAAGAUUCGGGAGCUGAACCAAAAAGUGCUGCAGCCUGGGGUCAAGAGCGCAGAGAAAUGGACCUGGGUGAACAGCAGCAACUUGAUGGGCUCUGGAAUGGCAGUGAACAUGAUGCUACAAACCCAUUGGGCAGUGCUGCUAUGAAACUGGAGCCUAGGCACUGGACAAACGAUCUCGAGGGCAUGGAUGUGGAUGAUGGAGGGAUUCAUUCAUCGGCUCUUCCGCAUGUGAGUGAGUCUAAGAAAGAGCCGCUUCAGGGUCCUACAGAGAAGAUGCAACUUGGAUUCGAAGGACGUGAACGCGUCAAGUAUCCUGGUUUCGUCGAAGGCCAGCAUGAACAGGGUCAUCCGUCUUCGACUCCCACCAAAGCAGCAAACUCUCAGCGUCAAGAAGGGAUUGCCAAUCCAGGCUUCAAGGACCAGACAACAACAUAUAUGGGCGGGCCGCAGGGUUACCAAACCCUCGACUUUACCAACCCUACUCCACUCCACCAUUCAACUCCAAAAAACCCCAUGUCGUUUUCGCCCUUCAAUACUUAUGCUCCAUACAAUCCAAGCGUCCAAAAAUUCCCGCAACAGCAGCUUUUUACCCGACUCAACCAACCUUCUUUCAACCCUAGCUUUGCUCGCCAGCAGCAGCUCCAAGUACAAAUCGACAACAAGAAACGCCAGAUCGAGAACGUAAAAAGAAUAUACGAGCGGAAUCCACGCCAAGCUCAACAAGCAAACAAUGACUUCGGCUUCUCUCAGAACCAGGCAAACGUUCCAGCUUCAAUUCUAAAGGGUCCAUUGAGCUACCAACGAGCUCCUCAAAGCGCGUAUCAAACUCUACCGUUUGGAAACAGUAGCACAAAGUACCCUUCCCACAGCCAGUCUGAGUUUCCAUACGACCAAAUGGCAUCAAUGCAGCCUCCUGCCUUGUACUCUGUACAGGGCCAUGAUGCACUCAAUCAGACGAGCAAGCCAAACCAGCAGUCACCAAGUGCGUACACUACAUCAGAAGCACCCGAGGAAGAAACCAAAGAAGAAACCUCAUCCGACGACGACGAACCCCUCAAAACCCGCCUAGCACGCCACCCAUCUAAGGCCCCAUCCCCCCAUCCCCCCAACACCUCCCCCAUAAACUGGAAACUCCCAGACUACGACAUCCAAUUCUCCCCCUCACCUCCUCCCGCAUCCUCCUCCUCCUCCAAACUCAAAGCCACCAAAGACUCCUCCUCCCUCCCUGUGGCAAAAAUCUCCCUUCCAGGUCUAAUCCGCGAGCCCCUGGUCCUCUCCCCAGACCACACCGCCCAAGAACUACACCUCCUCACGCACAUCUUCCUACCAGCGCAGCAAGCAUUGGCAACACCAGACCCCGAACCCGCACUUGCAGUGCUGAAUUUCCACAGCAUCGCGAUGAUGGUUGUUGAGGCAUACGUGCAGUUUGAGAUAGGGGAUGAGAUGGGGCGGUCUGGUCCAGCUUACCUUCCUCCCCACGAUUCUGCUUCCGACGAAGGCGAGCGUGGUAAGGAAAAGGGCAAAGCAAAGAGGAAAGAAGAAAAAGACUACGUCCGCAUCCGCUGCGCCCGCAACGCAAACGUCGACGACAUCUUCUUCGCCGUCAUCGACCGGUGGCGCGCCGGGCUGGAGAGUAACAAGCAGUCUUUCAAGUUGAUUCGGGGGAUCCAAGAGUUUGUGGAUGUGGCGUUGGAUGUUAUUUUUUGGAUCAAGGAGAAUGGAUUGCUGGUUGAGGAGGAAGGGCGGACCGGGGAGGGCGAGGAGGGUGCCAAGGGCAAGGGAGGUGCCAAGGCAGGCGCAAAGGGAAAGGCAGAGGAGGAGUGUGUAAAGAAAGAAGAGGGUAUCUCGAUGCUGACGGCUAGGAAGAAGACGGUGCCCAAGGCCAAGGUUGCGAAGCCGAAGAAGAAGGAGGCGCCGGUGAAGAAGAGGAGGGUUCCGGUUACGCCUGGUGUUACGGUUGUGAGAAAGAAGUGAUUUUGAGGGGAGAGAAAGGUGGGGGAUUGAAGGUGGAGGAUUGGUUGGUCUUUUUUUUGGCGAGUUUUAUUUCAUGAUUUACGGGAAUAUUGGUCAACGGGGAUGCAGGACAUGAUUUACAAACAGGGCAGUGGAAUACUUUAUUCACAGAGCCAUAUUCCAACGACACGAUCCA